GUAAUAACAGUAAUGGAUCUCUGUCUGGAAAAUGAGACUGAGAUAGAAAAUAGUGAAAAUGAAAUUCAAAGUACAGAAGAAAUUGAAUUAACCUAUACGUGUCCAGAAGAAAGAAGGGAAAAGAAUCAUGUUUGUUGUCUUCUCAAUAUCAGUGACAUUACACUUGAACAAGAUGAAAAAGCCUGCGAGUCUGUUAUUGGAACUGGAUGGGAAGAAGCGGUUCAAGGCUGGGGAAGGGCUUCUCCAACUGCCUGCAUCUGGCCCAGGAAGAAGCUUAAAAAGGUCAAGGUGGGAGAAAGUGCCAGCAGCUGCUUACUCUGUGUCAGCCUCUCCCAAGGCAUCCCUGAGGCCAAGCCUCAGCUUGAGGCCAGGAAGUUGGAAUCGGGGUGUCUGGCUGAGGCAGGCCCAGAGAAGGAUCGAGGCAGCCCCUCCCAGGCUCAGAGCCCCGCUGAGGGCCCCACCACUGCCUGCACCAGGGAGAGUAGCAAGAUGUGCUUUCCUUCCUACAAUCAGGGAGAGAAGAAAAGUCUGCAAAUAAAAGAGUUUAUUUGGUGCAUGGAACAGUGGACCAUGCCAGAGACUAUUAGGGCCAAGGGCCCCAGUGGACAAGGUGACCAAGGUCCCUCUAUCUCAGACUCAUUGACUUCCAAGGCCCUUUUAGUUUUGCCUCCUCUGAAGGCUUCAGCCUCAAAUGGCUUAGGUAUCCUGGGUAAGAAGAAUAAGAACUUUCUCUUGCAGCCAGAAGAUAAUGUGCUACAUGUGGAAAAGGAUGAGGGUGUAGCUUGUCCAUGUGAAUUGAAAAGAGUUGAUGGGAAAGAUGGAAAGAGACCCCCUGAGCUGGCCAAGGACCAUAAGGUCAACUGCACACAGCCUUUUCCUCCCCAAGUAGUUGGGACAUCCCUUUUGGCCAGUCUGGAGCGGGGCUGCCUGCAGUGGUCUGCCCUGCCUGAGAAAAACCUGGUGUGCCCUCCCCAUUCCAACAAUGUACACUAUCUCAGCACCAUGCAGCUUUUGCAGAAGCAGGGAGUGCAAAACUACAAAGCCAAAUUCAAAGCCAAGAAGUUGAGACCUCCCAUGAACACCCAAGAGUGCAUUCUCAAGGAGGUCAAGCAGGAAAACAGGCACCAAACAUUGGAGGCCAAUGUGUUCCCAAGACCUGUCUUGCCAUCUCUCACAGUGAGCAGACUCCUUUUGCCUGUCUCCACUCACAGGCCCCUCUGA